UAUAGCCAUUUUUUUACGACCUGGAUGGCCGAUGGACCCGCUAGAGUCCCUGGAGAGUGGAGACAUAACGUGAAACGUGGUUAAGCCAGCACAAUAAUUUCAUUAAAAGUUUUUCACUUGACUCAAAAAACGAAAAAUGUCAAGUCGAAAUCCAUCACGACGUGUACAGGAGAUGGAGCCGCGUAUUGAUUACGUUCAAUGCGAUGGCUUGGUGGUUAUGAAAAUGGUUAAACACUGUCAUGAAGAGGCAUCCAGUAAUAUGGAAGUGGCCCAGGGUGCCCUUCUUGGUUUGAAUACUCAGGGACGUCUUGAAAUCACAAAUUGCUUUCCAUUCUCAAAGAAUGACGACUUUGCAGACGAAGAAGAUUAUCAAUUGAAUAUGAUGAGACGAUUGCGCAUUGUUAAUGUUGAUCACUUUCAUGUUGGAUGGUAUCAAAGUGCAGAUGUUGGUAAUUUCUUAAGUUUGCCACUGCUCGAGUCUCAAUACCAUUACCAAACAUCAAUAGAGGAGUCAGUUGUUAUUAUUUAUGACACUGCAAAAUCAGCAAGAGGUUUCUUAACACUCAAAGCUUAUCGAUUAACUCCUCAAGCUAUUCAGAUGUAUAAAGAUGGUGAAUUUACACCAGAAGCUCUUAAGAAUCUGAAAAUUGGAUACGAAAAUCUGUUUGUUGAGUUACCAAUAGUAAUUAGAAAUAGUGCUCUGACUAAUAUUGUCAUGAGUGAACUGGAAGAAAUGGUUCCAGAAGAGGAAGGUACAAAAUAUUUGGAUUUAGGAACUGCAUCAGUUUUAGAAAAUCAACUGCGCUGCAUGAUGGAUAGAGUUGAUGAAUUAAACCAAGAAGCUAUUAAAUUCAAUCGCUACCAAAGUAUGGUUAUUCGUCAACAACAAGAUAAGAACAGAUUAAUGCAAAAGAGAGCUCAAGAAAAUGCAGCUCGUGCUGCUAAAGAUGAACCUCCAUUACCAGAGGAGGAUAUUAACAAACUAAUCAGACCUAUUCCAGUUCCAUUAAGGCUCAAUCCUAUGAUCACUGCUGGCCAAAUAAAUACAUAUAGUCAACAUAUUUCCCAGUUCUGUGCUCAAAGUUUAGCUAAAUUGUACAUCACUCAAAGUCUUCAGAAUGCAAAGGAAGCCAAAUCAUCAACUCAAUAAGAAAAAUCAUGUUUUACUAUAAAAAGUUUCUUCAAUUGUGUAAAAUUUUUUUUAACAAAUGUAUUUGAAUAAUUAUUCAAGUGAAAUUUAUUUAAAAAAUUAAAAAAAUACAUUUUUUAUUUAUUUUGAUUUGAACUAAA